GUCAAAAAGAAACUCAACCAUAUUCUAUAAAUUUUAUUCAUUAUAUACAAAUCAUAUAAUUUAUGGUUUGUGGACCUGAUAUUUCACUUUAACUUCAAAAUGUUAAGUUCAUUAAUAAACCUUGAAUCUAAGUUUCCAUUAUCCUUGUUAGAUUUAAGCAUAAUGUACCAAUAUACCUUUUACAGCAUGUUUCCGCCAAAUAAAUAUCUUUUAAAAAACGAUAGGAUAUAGUCAAUCAAAAUAAUCAGACACCUCUCAACAGAGAACAAACCUUUAGGCCGAUUACUUUUUUAUAAGAUGAUUAAUUUUCACUGCUGUACUUGACAGUUUUAGAUACAUCUGAUCAUGGUGAAAACAUGGAGAAUUGUAGCAUGUGCAGUUGGGAGGAACAGCGACCAUUACCUUUACAGAUGGCCGACCUAAAUGAAUUAAGAUCGCUGCGUCGGUCAUUCAAUGCUGCUUGUGAGAGGAAAGCCAGAGAAAUCAAUGAAGUGGACCUGAGUUGUGAAAAACCACAGGAUAAAGUGAAGAUUUUACAGAGUCGAAUUCAAAUUUUAUCCCAAUAUGGAGAGGAUCUGAACGACCAGAAUAAGUACUUGUUCAAUAUCUUGGAUGCCAAGUUUAAGGAAGUUAACAUGGCCAAGAAAAUGAUGGGUUGUCUUAAAAAUGAGAUAGUGAUAAGAGAUGGAACUAUAAAGAAGCUGCACACUGAAUAUCACCAGUCUGUGGCCAGACAUAAAGAGGAGGAGACAGAGGUGGAAACUCAGAUGGAGACGAUAAGGAGACUGGAGCAAGAAAACCAAGCAGUUCACAAGAAGUUGUCAAUCAAAGAAAAAACAAUGGAAAUGAUGGAAGCUGAGCAUCAGGAAUUUAUUACGAAAUUUGAAGAAAAAAUUGAAAUAGCACUGGGUCUAGAGGAAACUAUCAGAAAGUUGCAGGACAGUGUAGCUAUUGCACACAAAGAGGUAAUGUUGAAGGGAGAAACAAUUCAGAAGAUGCAUACUGAACAUCAAGAAUCCUUUGCUAAACAUGAGGCCAGUGUAAAAGUAAUUCAAGAUCAGGAAGACACCAUUCGAGAGUUGAAGGAUGGAAUUGCAAUUUUGAAUACAAAGAUGGCAAAAAAAGAAGAAGCUAUUCAGUCUUUGCAACAAGAGCACCAGAAGUCCAUGUCUAAGAAUGAAGAGAAUGUAAAACUGGUGCAUAAUCUAGAGGAGACUGUUAGCGGGCUACAGCGCGAAAAUAAAAUGGCUAAUGGAAGGGUGAUUAAAAAGGAAGAAACAAUUCAGAAAAUAUAUGCAGAGCGUCAGGAGUUGUUUGCUAAAAAUGAAGAAAACAUAAAAAUGAUUCAAAGCCUAGAAGAUGCGGCCAGAAAGAUGAAGAACGAGAUCACAGUUUUAAGUAACGAGAUACUGAAGAAAGAAGAAUCAAUACGAAAGUUGCAAACUGUCUGCCCAGAGCCCAAUGCUAGAAAUGAAGAUGAUGUCAAAAUAAUCCAGAUAUUGGAAGAUAAUGUUAGCAGGUUGCAGAAUGAGAUCAAAGUCAUUAAUGGGAAGGUGUCAUUGAAAGAAAAAACAAUCAAGGAGAUGAACGCCAAGCAUCAGGAGUUCUUUGCUAAACAUGAAGAGAAUUUAAGAGUGAUUCAAAAUCUGGAAGAUAAUUUACAAGAUUUAAAGAAUGACAAUGCAGUUUUAAAUAGAAAGGUGAUGAAGAAAGAAGAAACAAUCCAAAGGUUGCAAGCUGAGUGUCGUAAGCCUAUUCCUAGGAAUGAAGAUGAUGUCAAAAUGAUUCAGAGUCUAGAAGAGACAGUUGGUAGGUUGCAGAAAGAAAUCAGAAUCGUUAAUGAGCGGGCAGUGAUGAAGGAGGAAAUGAUUCAGAAAAUGCAUGCUGAGUGUCAGGAGAUCUUUGCUAAACACGAAGAGACUUUCAAAGUGAUUCAAGCCCUAGAGAACACUAUUCAAAAGUUGAAUAAGGAGAUCAAGGGCCUAAAUGAGCAGGUAUUGAAGAAAGACGAAACAAUUCACAAAUUGCUCACAGAGCAAAGAGAGUCUUCUGCUAAACAGGAAGAUAAAGUAAAAGUGAUCCAGUGUCUUGAAGAUACAGUUAAAGAGCUAAAGAAAAAAAUUACAGAUCUGAAUGAGAAGCUACAAAAGGAACAGCAACAAUCCACAGCUAGGGACGAAGAGGAUGUAAAAACAAUUCAUGAUCUAGAAGAAACUGUUAGCAGAUUACAGGAGGAGAUCAGAGUUCUUAACCUGAAGAAAAGAAAAGAAGAAACAUUUAAACAGAUGCAAAAUGAAGAGAAACAGCCCACAAGAAGUGAAGAUGAUAUCAAAACAAUUCACGAUCUAGAAGAAACUGUUAGUAGGUUACAGGAGGAAAUCAGAGUUCUUAAUCUGAAGAAAAGAAAAGAAGAAACAUUUCAACAGAUGCAAAAUGAAGAGAAACAGCCCACAAGAAGUGAAGAUGAUAUCAAAACGAUUCACAAUCUAGAAGAAACUAUCGACAGGUUACAGGAGGAAAUCAGAGUUCUUAAUCUGAAGGUGUUAAAGAAGGAAGAAACAAUCAGAGAGAUGCACACUGGGUGUCAGGAGUCCAUUGCUAGGAAUGAUGAUGAUGUAAAAAUGAUUCAGAAUCUAGAAGAGACAGUUUGUAGGUUGCAAAAGGAAAUUACUGUUUUAAAUGCGAAGAAAAGAAAAGAAGAAACAUUUCCACAGAUGCAAAAUGAAGAAAAACAGCCCACAAGAAGUGAAGAUGAUAUCAAAACGAUUCACAAUAUAAAAGAAACUAUGGGCAGGUUACAGGAGGAAAUCAGAGUUCUUAAUCUGAAGAUGCAAAAUGAAGAGAAACAGCCCACAGCACAGAGUGAAGAUGACGUGACAACAAUUCACAAUCUAGAAGAGACUGUCAGCAGGUUACAUGAGGAGAUCAACGUUCUUAAUGUUAAGGUGUUAAAGAAGGAAGAAACAAUCAGAGAGAUACACACUGGGUGUCAGGAGUCCAUUGCUAGGAAUGAUGAUGAUGUAAAAAUGAUUCAGAAUCUAGAAGAGACAGUUUGUAGGUUGCGAAAGGAAAUUACUGUUUUAAAUGCGAAGAUUGCAUCAAAAAAUGAAUUAAUAGAGACUCUUAAAAGGGAUAUCAUUGUGAUAAAAACCAAAUACCGAGAUGUUGUAACAGAACUAACUAUACAGAAGACCACAAAUAGGAAGAUAUACGAAGAAUUCUCAAAGAGAUAUGACCAUCUGUUUGCUACCUAUGGAUGCCGUACAUGACACAUAAUCAAAGGAGAUUCAUCAUGGAAUAGCUCAUCCUGUACAAGUGAAUCAAGUGACUGCGUAAGAAUGGACAAUGAUUGCAGUUAAGCAAAAAAUGUUGUUGGUGCCAAUUCGAAAAAAGACAGCUAUUGGGAAGACACCAAGGCCAUAUGAGCUAUUUUUAGACUGUACAUUACAAGGAUUAAGUUAAAACCUGCAAAGACUGAUACAGUAAUAUUGUAAAUAACCUUGAAAAUCUUCCAGUAUCACUAACCUGACAUACGAUAUACGAUGUGUGUAUCAUGGGAAUUCAUGACCUUCGUAAUCACUUCCUGUCAGAAAAUGUAACGUUCAGCUAGCAUACAUGUACCACAUAUUCUAGCUAGCUUAUGGCUCCUAUUACCCCCCCCCACCACCACCACUCCAUUUAAGCAGUACAUUGGGUUACUUUUUAAAGAGGAUAAUAACUUUCUGCUCCAUUUUGGUAUAUUGAAAUGUUUUGGGAUAGGAUGCCGAAUAUCCCUCACCAAGCAACUGACAUCUUGAUGCACAUUUAUUUUCUGUUUGACUUAGGUAAAAAUAUUAACUUAGAUUAUUAGUAAGCAAUGUUAAAGUUUUCAGGGAUCCAUAAAUGCUUUGAUGUUCCUGAAAAUAUGUAGGUUAUAGUUGUGAAUUAUCAUGCAUUUAUAAACAUAACAGUUGCUGAACAGUUAUCUGCAUAAUUGGUGAUAGAAUUGUUUUGUAUAAAUAUAUUCCAGUAUAUUUAUAUUGGUCUGUGAUACUUGACUCAUGUUUGUGUUGAAUAAUAUUUAUUCUAUUGUGAUAAGAUCUAUCAUCAAAUAAAUUUAGUGCAAUACAUAUGCUACUGUGCAUACCUGUUAGUUCAAAGAUAUGCAAUAUAAUUGAUUAUAAUUAUUGUUUUGUUGAUUACUACAGUGUGUUUUAGAAAAGUAUGUUGUUUCCUGUAAGUUAUGUAAUCAUACUAUUGAAAUAUAUCUUCAUUGAAUAUUCAUUUCACUUUGAAAAGACUACCGGUAUAUGAAAAAAGAUGUCAUUUGAUAUGUCUAUUUCAGUUUGAUCCAAUUUUAAGAAUUUUUGUAUUGCCAUCUCUUCACCAAAAAAAAGACAGAACUAUUUGUAACAAGUUUGCAGAAAAUUUGUGAAUAAAUAUUGAAACCAAAUCAAGUUCAUCCAUUUAUGUCAGGAAAUUAUACAAGUUCAAACAACAAACAACAUUAAAACAGGAAGAAUAGUUUCCCUGACUUUGAUAACAACAAUCUUCAGUUGAAACAUUUUUGACCUUUGAUAAUGACAUUGACCUUCAACAGACAUCAACAUUUGACCUUGACCCUUUUCUUUUACCAAAAAAUAUGAUUAUUUUUUUUUACAGCACAUAAGUUCUAUAGACAAUUCUUUGAAGCUUUUAUUGGCUUUUUAUCAUCUCCACAUCAGUUUAUCACUUUAUAUCAAUUCACAGUUUGUUGCAAUCAAGUUUUUUUCUUUAAAAGAAAAAAUCUCUUGACAAAAAAUGUAUAAAGUAAACAAAUACCUAAUGUCAUUCAUAUAUAGUGAUGAAUAGUGGAUUACCCUUGAUUUUCGGGUAGAUGACUAGAUGGUGAUUGCAUACAUAUAUGAUAUCUAUAUUUAUUAGUCUUCAAUGUCACCUAUUUUAUUGACCAAGUUUUACUAAAUACUUUUCUUUUUUCCAUUCAUUUCCAAUUGGAAACAAAAUAUUCAUUUUUAAAAUUACAUUGUAUGAAAUUUCCAUAAAUUGUCAAAAUCUAAUGUGCAGCCCAGUUGAGCCACACAAUUGAGAUGAAGAUCCCAAAUCGAAAAAUUGCAUCCAUUUUCCCUUCUUGCAUUGGAGAGGUAGAUUUCAAGUUCAU